GGGUUAGGUUUCUUGCUUAAAUUGAUAACAAUCCACUCUAUUUUGAUGAUAUGAUGAAUUUUCCGGCUGAAGAUGAAAUCCUGAAACCUUAGAUAAUAAUAAGAAUUUAGUGACAGAAGAUGAACUUCUCAAAUCUUCGAUAUGUAAGGCUUGUGAUGCUUCUUAUGCGGCUUAGGUUACGACAGUUCUCAACGCAAUGUGUCAAAUACUCGUUUCAACAGAAUGUUGCCGUCGAGGAAGUCAAUUUAGGAAAACCUUAUUCACAAGUACCAGGCCCCAAGCCACUACCAGUUUUUGGAAAUACAUGGAGAUUUCUGCCAUUCAUAGGAGAGUACAAAAUUGGUGAUGUUGCUGACAUAUCCCAGUCUCUGUACAAUGAAUAUGGCCAAAUAGUCAAAUUAUCCGGCCUAAUCGGCCGGCCCGAUCUCUUAUUUGUCUUCGACUGUGACGAAGCUGAGAAAAUCUUCAGAAAUGAAGGUGACACACCUCACAGGCCGGCAAUGCCAUGCCUAGUCCAGUACAAGACGAAGGAAAGGAAAGAGUUUUUCGGAGAUCUCCCCGGAGUUAUUGGCGUUCAUGGAGAACCUUGGAGAGAAUUUAGGACGAGGGUGCAAAAGCCGAUUUUACAGCCUUCAGUCGUGAAAAAGUAUAUACCAAUCAUUGAAAGCGUUACGAAUCAUUUCAUUACAAGGAUGAUACAAAUGAGAGAUGAGAAUCUUGAAAUGCCGGCAGAUUUUGACAAUGAAAUUCACAAGUGGUCAUUAGAAUGUAUUGGUCAUGUGGCGCUGGACGUUCGGUUGGGAUGUUUAGAUCCAAAUUUACCACAGAACUCGGAGCCUCAGAAAAUAAUCGACUGUGCUAAAUUUGCUUUGAGAAAUGUAGCCAUACUCGAGUUGAAAUUCCCGUACUGGAGAUAUUUUCCGAGCACUUUAUGGAAUCGGUAUAUAAGUAACAUGGAUUACUUCCGAGAAGUAUGCAUGAAAUACAUUAACAAAUCAUUAUCAAACCUUAAAUCUAAAAGUGCAGACAGUCAUGAUCUUUCGUUACUUGAACGAAUUUUAGUCAAUGAAAAGAAUCCGAAAAUUGCUUGCAUUCUAGCCCUUGAUUUAAUUCUCGUCGGCAUCGAUACUAUUUCGAUGGCGGUUUGCUCGAUGCUCUAUCAGUUGGCGACUAGGCCGGAAGUUCAGGAAAAGAUGCAUGAAGAAUUAGUAAGAGUACUUCCAGAUCCAAAAAUUAAAAUAACAUCUCAGCAUUUAGACCAGAUGUAUUAUCUUAAAGGAUUCAUCAGAGAAGUAUUGAGAAUGUACUCAACAGUCAUAGGGAAUGGUAGAGUACUCCUAAGUGACACUAAAAUUUGCGGUUUCAACAUACCAAAAGGGGUCCAGUUGGUGUUCCCCAAUAUUGUUAUGGGCCGGAUGAAAGAAUACGUUGGAGACGCUAAGGUAUUCAAACCAGAGAGAUGGAUAAAGAGUGAGCGUUCGGAUCCGAGCAACUAUGUACACCCAUUCGCUUCCUUACCGUAUGGUUAUGGCGCCCGUAUGUGUUUGGGCAGACGGUUCGCCGAUUUGGAAAUGCAACUUUUACUGGUUAAACUUGUACGUUCAUACAAACUUGAAUACCUACAUGAACCAUUGGACUAUAAAGUGACUUUUAUGUACGCACCAGAGGGAGAAUUGAAAUUUAAAUUAACAGAACGAACAUAAAACUUCAUGUGUAUCUCAAAAAUUGAUGUAAUUGCAGAAAAUAUAAAUAAAUCAAAUAUAAAUUA